AUGGCUUCACUGAUUCUCCUCGUCUCGGAGUUGCUACAUCCGGAAGACGCCAUCCUUGUCACCGGAACGUCGUAUCCGCCGGCGACUUGCUCUUCGCGAGGCGGUGUCGCCGCCGCCGCCAGGUCCUUCGCCACCGCCGCCGCAACGGCUUUGCAGGGAAAAUCUACGAGGACGACGAGAUCGGCGAUGUCCGCCUGGCGCGCCGAGCUGGAUGCCGCUGAGGAGCUCCGGGAGGCGAGGGUGUCGGUCGAGGCGGUCUGGCCGUAA